GCAAAACAAGUGGUUAGAGUUCAAGCAAGGGUGCUGGCAUAUUACGAGCCAUAGUAACUAGCAAUCCGUUUUCACGCUGAGUUGUCAUAUGGUUAAAACAGAUGAGGGAUAGUGUAAACAUAAGGAAAGGAGAAGCGUUGUCUAAAUAUGUACAACUGAUAUGUAAGCUUGAAGUGUUUUAGCGGCUGGAAGGUUUUAAUUUGUCGUAUAGUUUAUUUUGCGACGUUUCAAAACCGAAACGAAGCAUAAACAAAUAUAGACACCGCAGAGUAGCGUCUAAGAUUGUGUAAGAUUCAAAAUUAUAACAUUUCAAUUUGACCUAAGGCGACAAACGAAAAGGUAUAAGAUCAAAAGCAACGAUAAGAACUGACUUUUUGGCCCUGCAAGAAUAGACAGUGAAUCUGCUUUCGAAUCAAACCUCAGUUUCGUUCGGAUCACUGACUCAAAAAUAGAUUUGUUUUUUUUGCGGACCGAGCGUUACACCCGUGACGCAAACGAGUCUAUUUAUCCGCUCGCGCUACCCGAAAAGCAGUUGGAUUCUCACGCUGGUAUAGAAUUAAGCAGCAAUGGACGUAAACAGCACGAACUCAAGCCUCACUGCCAUUGCGGAUUUUAGAUACAUCGGUAUUGUGAUUGGAAUCGUCGAUAUAAUUUUGGGCACAUUGGGAAACAUUCUUACUAUCGUAGUAUUCUCAAGGAUUUCGAAUCUUCAAUCCUUAUUUAAUAUCUUCAUAAUCAACUUAGCUAUAAUAGAUUUCCUUACAGCUGCUUUUAUGAUGCCGUUAAACGUUGCUGGUUAUGUGCAAAUGAAUUGGCCGAUCGGUGGGCCAGACAGCGUGUCCGCAUCAGUUCAAGCAUACGUGUAUUUUUGCUGCGGGUAUACCUCCAUUACGUGCUUUAUGCUGAUCACAGUUAAUCGCUUUAUAAGCGUCAUGUUUCCAAAGCAUUACAAGUCUCUGUUCAGUCGCUGCGGGAUUCUCGUUGGUUUAGUUUCCUCGUGGCUGAUUGCGCCUGCGUUCUUGCUGCCCGUAUUAUUGGGCAGUGCCGACGGGUUACCUAUCAUAGGUUGGAACCAGAAGCAGUUUUUGUGCACGUUUAUUCGCGUAACUGGAAAAUGGAGGACUUACAUGCAGGUUUUAAGAGUCUUGUUCCAGUUCCUACCAAUAGUUACAAUGGUCGUGUUAUAUUCGCUAAUGUUUUGGAGACUAAAAAAGAAGUGGGGAGACGAAAACAAUGGCUUACCAUGGGAGAAACAAUCUAAAAACGGACCUGACGCAGUAGAACUAAUGGCAAUGAACGAACGCGGCGUUAAAUUAAACGAAGAAGAAGCCAAAGAAGCGCGUAGACAAGUAGUCGAGCGAAAGAAAUUGACGGAGAAACGUCUUCUCACUGUCAGCGUUGUAAUCUGCUGUGCUUUUGUUUUUUUGUUCUUACCCAGCUUAAUCGUGAACCUUAUUUCAGGAAGCGAAAAUCUGGAUCCGCGUGUGCAUAUGAUAACGUCGAAUAUUACGUGGCUUAACAGCUGCGUCAACCCAUUUAUUUACGUCAUACUUAACCCGGAUUUUCGAAUGGAGUACCGCAUCAUACUGAAGUAUUUAUGGCUCAAAAUCACCUGCAAACUGUAACGCUAUGAGAGGAUUUUGGAAUACAGGCCAUACUAUAAUUAAGGUGUAAACUAGAUCUGCCUAAAUAGAGAAUGAAUACUAACUGCCCUUGCUGUCAUAUAUAUAUACUGUUCCGCUGACUUUUAAUUACCUACUGUACUCGUUCUGAACUUUUAAUAAACUUUCAGAAAGAUA